AUGUACCUGAGAACCCUAAACCACUCCACGGUCCCUAUCGAAUACACCGAAACUCAUUCCACAAUCCCUACCGAAUACACCGAAAAGAUGAAAACAUGUCUCAAAAAAAACCGUCGAUGGACAAAAGAAGAUGAGGAGAGAUUGCAAGAAAUUAUUGCACAAGAGCGCGCCAACAAGAGUGAGAACGACAAGAUGGAUUGGGGGUAUAUUUCCGAAAAGUUUGGUUGCUAA